CUCAGUCUGUUACUCUGUCUAGAAUCAAACUGCCAGAUGAGGACCCUGGACAGUGGGAUCGGAACCUUCCCACUCCCAGACUCUGGAAACCGCUCAGCAGGACGCUACCUGUGCCAGCCAGACUCCCCGGAGGACCCUGAACCCAUUUCAUCUCUCCAGCCAGUCCUUUGUACAGUCUCCUCCAUCCGAGCCCAUACCCUUCAACGAGAAGUGCCUUCCUCUGCAGACAGCCCGGGCUCUGCAGAUCACACCAUUGUUCACUCCGCAUCCGACCCCGUCAUGAUGGCCCGCGGGAUGCGGCCUCUUCAAAGUCGCCUCCCUAAACUAGCCUCCUCAGGAAAAGUCACUUCCCAAAGCAGAAUGGAGCAGAGCCAAGGCCUCAGACUUGCUCAUCAUUUGAAUAUGCUGAUAGCACAAUGGCCAAGAAGCCCCUUCCAGGCUGGGAGGAUGAAGACACCUCUGCUGGGAGCCAG